AUGACGCGUACAUUCGGCAUAGCAGAUACCGCGACUGAGACAAAAUGGCUAGAACUGGUGACUGCUAAGAUCCAAUUAAGUCUGGAGGGCCAGGGGAACCUCGUGGAUGUGGAGGGUUUGUGGAAAACUUCGCUGGAUAACCAACGAGGAGCGAAGAGGAUCCGCCAAAACAGGAGAUCGAACCAGAUAGGUCUAGGCGAAAUAUGGGCGAUGGAGGACGAAAUACGGCGGCAACGGAGGGAGAAACAGCUUCAGGGGAUAAACGGCUUCAGGGGAGCGAGAAACCAUAUAAGGCGGCCAGAGGGAGAGCUACACGGGAGACACAUGAUGGAGUCAUGGAGAUGGAAACCGAUGAGCGGCGGUGGACUCGGACUUCAUGCAUGGGUGAAAGGUUUAGCAAUUAGCACAAUAAGAGGCGUAAUUUGCAAGGUUAACAAAGUUAGUAAAUCAAUAUAUUUUGCAUGA